GUGAGUGUGUGUGUAGAGAGAGAGAGAGAGAGAGAGAGAGAGCGCGAGCCCAAACACUGUCCACAGAUCAGAACAUACAAGUUUUGCGCAGUUUCCAGCCGUUUUGGACUUUUCUUUGUUAAAUUAUCAUAAGCCAAAAAUUAUGGUUUCACAUAUACUGAAACAUGUAUGGUGGAUGAAAAAUGGACUGAUUCUCUUUUGCACCCCGUUUCUUCUCCUUCCUUUGCCACUUGUCAUUGGAACAAAGGAGGCUGCAUGUGCGUAUGUUGUUGCACUAAUGGCAGUGUACUGGUGUACCGAAGUGCUGCCACUGGCUGUCACUGCUCUCCUGCCAGUUGUACUCUUUCCUCUCUUCAGAAUCAUGGAGUCCAAAGAUGUGUGUAUGCAGUACCUGAAGGAUACCAACAUGCUGUUUCUGGGUGGACUGAUGGUGGCUGUAGCUGUCGAGCACUGGAACCUACACAAGAGAAUUGCACUCCGAGUAUUACUCAUUGUAGGCGUACGACCUGCUCUGCUGAUGUUGGGCUUCAUGGGUGUAACGGCCUUCCUCUCCAUGUGGAUCAGUAACACGGCUACAACAGCCAUGAUGGUGCCCAUCGUUCAAGCUGUGCUCGAGCAGCUCAACAACAGAGCAGAACAAGAGCAGGCCUCCACUCCAGAGAUUGAUGAGAAAAACACUGAGAAACAACCUGACAUGCAGGUGGCUCUGAAUGGCCACAGCUUCUCAAUGGAAUUUGACAUGGAAGAGAAUUCUCGAGAUGCAGAGGAAAAAUUAAAGAUGUGUAAAGGCCUGACGUUAUGCGUGUGCUAUGCAGCUAGCAUUGGUGGGACAGCCACGCUCACAGGCACGGGACCAAACCUUGUUCUUAUGGGACAGAUGAGCCAACUGUUCCCAGACAACCCUGACAUCAUAAACUUUGCAUCAUGGUUUGGAUUUGCCUUCCCCAACAUGAUCAUCAUGCUCACACUGGCCUGGCUGUGGCUACAGAUUGUGUUCCUGGGUGUAAACUUCAGAAAGACAUGCGGCUGUGGAAUGGUGAAGACAGAGAAGGAGAUUGCUGCCUAUAAUGUAAUCAAAGAGGAGCACAGGAGACUUGGUCCCAUGACCUUUGGGGAGCUGAGUGUCCUUGCCCUCUUCGUCCUCCUGGUGGUGCUUUGGUUCACUCGUGAUCCAGGCUUUGUGGAUGGCUGGGCGACACACUUUUUCAAUGCUGAAAAAGAGUUUGUGACAGAUGCCACUGUGGCGGUGUUUGUAGCUGCCCUGCUCUUUGUUUUUCCCUCUAAACCACCUCGAUUUUGCCACUGGAGAACACAGAGCUUUGACACAGUGCCCCAGCAGGAAAGUGGACAUACUCCAACUUUGCUGACAUGGAAGGUGACACAGCAGAAGAUGCCAUGGAGCAUUAUCCUCCUGCUAGGGGGAGGCUUUGCCCUGGCUAAGGGCAGUGAGGUACAACAAAUAUAUUUUUGGUUGGGGCCCCGUCCAAACCCUGACACUGCAAGCCCAUUGUGGGCGAUUGCCAUUGUCGUGUGUCUGAUGAUAGCUACCUUCACUGAAUGCACCAGCAAUGUUGCCACAGCAACAUUAUUUCUGCCUAUACUCGCAUCUAUGUCCCAGUCUAUAGGUGUCAAUCCUCUGUAUGUUAUGAUCCCCUGCACCCUCAGUGCAUCUUUUGCCUUCAUGCUACCUGUGGCCACCCCUCCGAAUGCCAUAGUCUUCUCAUAUGGAUACCUGAAAGUAUCUGACAUGGCCAAGACAGGGAUUGUCAUGAAUAUCAUUGGCAUCCUCUCCAUUACCUUGGCCAUUAACAGCUGGGGCAGGGCUAUCUUCAGUUUAGACACCUUUCCCAGCUGGGCAAACACUACAGAAGUGUGAGAGGCUGAAUCCCUACCAUCAGUCUGCUGUCAAACUGCACCAUUCAGCACUAUUCUCACCAUGUUUCCAACCGAGAAGGCCAGACAGGGUCAGAGCCAGUGGUUGGUUUCACUGGAGAUAAUAGUGUGUCAUCACUUGUACUGUGAUUGUGCAGUUCAGUUGUUGUUUAUGGAUGUAAAUUUGUAAAGAGUUCAUAAAUAUGCUAUAAUAAAGUUGCUUCAAAUGCAGCUUUAGAGGAAUAUAAGUGUAAAGCCAAAAGGCUAAAAUCAUAUAGAUAUCAUGCAGAUUUUUAAGCACAAAUAUGCAUAUACAGUACCUCUAAACAGUGGACAGCUGUGUAAACCUCUGACAUGCAGGGCAGUUUUAACAGAAUAGUGUAAUCAUGUACAGUUCAAGAUUAAUUCAAACUCUCACUAUUGAAAUGUACAAUGUAAAUUAAAAUAAUGUGUUUUGUUCCUAUCCCUACUAAUAAAUACACUUGUAUUGUUAUUUCACCUGUA